AUGAGUGACGUCACAAAGAACUACGGGGAGCUGUUUGACUUCUUGAUUCAAGACCAGAUGUUAAACAAUUGUCCUUUUGAACUUCGCGUUUUUCUUAAGGAACGAGUCUUUGGAACUACUCUUGACAUGGCGCAAGCAGCCGACAGAUUUCGUAGUGCACACAAGUCUUUCAAAACCCGUAAGAUGCCUAUCAAGGAAGAUCCGGAUACAAGGAACAGUACUAAAACUGGCGUUAGGGAUAAGGUCGUGUGUCACCACUGUUCCAAGCCAGGUCAUAUACGUCCUUCUUGCCCCGACUUAAUGCCCGGUAAAAGCAAGUCCUCUCAGAGGGUCAACUUUGUGUUCGACUCUGACCUCUCUCCCAACAACAGUAUCACGUGUGAGGGAAUGUUAUAUAAUAAACCCGUGCAUGUGCUCUUUGAUUCUGGCUGUUCGUCCAUCAUCGUUAAAAAAUCGCUGAUCCCCGCCACGGCGAGGCGAGGGAAAAUGGUCACUCUGUACGACUACCUCGGAGUGGGCCGAACUUUUCCAACUGUGCGCUGUCUUAUAAAGAGCGAAUUUUUGAGUGGGUGGUUCAACGUUGUUGCUGCUCCUAUUAAUUUCACCGAUGUUCUCGUGGGUAUGGUUCCGGGUGUCACAGUACCAUCCGUGAAUAACCCUAAACGUAAUGUAUCGGUAAACUCGUCUAACCGCACAGAUGUUGUUAAUGCAGCUGCCACGAGAUCCGCUAAAGUAAAGGAAGACGCCGAACCAGCAGAACUGACAGUUUCUGAUUUUCAGUUUGAUAAGAUUUCCAAGGAUGAUUUUAUGAAUGCUCAGAAUAAAUGUUCUUCUCUCGAAAAUAUAAGAGCUAAAGUCAACAAUAAAUCUAUAGUAAAUGUAAAGAAUCGUUCAGUAAAAUACGAAAUCGUGAAAGGCUUAAUUCACCGAGUGUGCGUUAAUAGCAAGCAUGCCUAUAAAGUUGGUGUUAAACAGUUGGUAGUACCUCGGAAAUUUGUAAAUGUGAUCCUUUCAACCGCUCAUGAUUCUCCUGUUGCAGGUCAUUUUUCCCACAGGAAAACCGCGGAUAAGAUUUUUCAUAAUUUUUUUUGGCCAGGCGCGGGAGCGGAGAUAAAACGCUACUGCCGUUCGUGUCACGUGUGUCAGAAGAUGAGUUCUAAAGGUAAAAUAGGCAAGGCUCCCAUGGUUCAGAUGCCGAUUAUAAGCGAGCCAUUUGCCAGGGUAGCAAUCGAUCUUGUGGGGCCGAUAACACCUGCGUCGAGCAGAGGCCACAAGUACAUACUGACGCUCAUUGACAUGGCCACUAGAUUCCCUGAAGCAGUUCCCUUACGGAAUAUAGAUACCGUCACUGUAGCAGAGGCUUUGCUAAGUAUUUUUUCGCGUGUUGGAAUACCGAAAGAAAUGCUCUCAGAUCGCGGAACUCGGUUCAAAUCCGAUUUAAUGGCGGAGAUAAACAGGUUGCUCUCGAUAAAAGCAUUAUUUACGAGCCCAUACCAUGCCUGCUGCAACGGCACUGUAGAACGAUUUCACGCAGUGUUAAAGUCCAUGCUUAAGAAACUCUGCGGAGAACGACCACAAGAUUGGGAUCGCUACAUUCCGUCUGUCCUAUUCGCGUACCGCGAGGUUCCUAACGAUACUCUGAAAUUCAGCCCAUUUGAGUUGUUAUACGGUCGCAAAGUGCGUGGUCCAUUGUCUGUUCUUCAUGAUCUAUGGACCAGAGAUGACAUUAAUGAGGAGACUAAGAGCACUUAUCAGUACGUGCUUGACCUACGAUCCCGCUGA